UGUUUAUACGCAACCAUAUCCUUAAUCACUAAGACAACAGCAUUCCUUAAUUUAAGCAAGAUUACAUCAAAAGAGAAAGAGGUCACAUGGAACCCAAGAGCCUAAUUUCUAGCUAGGAACACCUGCUGAUUUGCUGCUGCUGCUUUACCUGCUGCUUUACGAUUUUGGCGUUUGGUUUUGUUGUCAAGAAUCAAGGUAAUGCAUGGCUGUAGUAGGGGAGCUUGUUGCUGGGGCUGCUCUUGGGACAGUAUUUUCAGAGCUGUAUAGAGGCGUUCAAAAACUCUGGAAAAGCAAUAAGCCCCUCCUCGGUGAUCUCCAAACCACGCUAGAUUCUCUAAAACCAAUUGUUGACGAGAUGAGAGAUUGCAACGACGAAUUGGAUCCCUCGUGCAAGGAAAUAGCAGCUUUCCAUAGCAAAAUCGAAGAGGGCGUAAAGCUUGUUUACAAGUUGUCAACUGUUGAUAAGUGGUACAAAAACCGUACGUGCACCAAGCAACUUGUUGAACUGGACGGGUCUCUCAAAACACAUUUAAAGGUACUAACCGUGCAGGCAGCAAGGGAUGGGAAGAAAACUAGGAUUUCGGCAAAGAAGAUAGAGAAGCAGCUCAAUCUAGUCAUUGACGUGGUACGAAAUCAAGCUGAAAAUAAAGCUUGGCGUGCACCUCCACUAACUGUUGGUUCGGAUGUCAAGUCAAUGCUUGUGCAGACUGCUCCUGAAGGAAGUUUCAGAGACACAAUAUUGCGAACAGUUAAAGGGUUUCAUCUUGAGAAAAUCCUAGGCUCCAGCAGCAGUCACAUUCAUAUAUCAGCUACACUGAUGACCCUAGUAAAGAUAAAUAUAAAGAUAGAACAGGAGAAUAAUAUGCUGAAGUUUCCGCCCAAGCUCUAUGAUUUUGUUCCCCUGAAGAACAUCAGCAUCACCAAUUUUCAUCAGCUAUCUACCAUGCCUGAAGACGGUUGGAAACCUGAUAAAUUUAGAAGUGUUGAGGUUGAACUCCUGCUCAACAUUGUCGGAGUUACCAGGUUCAGUUACGAACCUCAACAAGUUAAACUUUCUCGACAUAUCUGACUGCUACAGUAUUACGGAGUUGCCUGAAGACAUAGGUAACAUGUCCAGUUUAAGAAAGCUCAACAUGACGCGGUGCUCCAAAGUGAAUAAGUUGCCCCUGUCAGUUGUGUAUCUUGAUCAGUUAGAAGGAGUGGUCUGUGAUGAAGAAACGAAAAAGUUAUGGGAACCCUACUUACCCUAUCUUGAAAACUUACGAAUGGAGAUGGCCCAAGAAAAUAGGUUCCUCAAACAGACUAAUCUUAUAGUCGUAAGGAUGCAGAAGAGAGAUGUGAUGAAUAAAAUAGUUCAAUCACAUGUAAGCAGUGUUAGGUUCGACUUACAAGCAGAGGUGAAGGCACUCGGGGAGAAAUUAACAGAUAAACUUGACAAUUACAUGGCCCAAAUUAUCAACCACAUACAAAUAAAGAACGAGAUGGACUGGAAGGGGAUGAGCGAAUUGGAGAGGGACGACAUGAACAUUUCGGAAUCAACAAUUGUUUCAAGAAGCAUUGACAGUGAGGUCCAGGCUAGGGAACUGACUCUGAGAAAGUUUAAUGCAUGGCUGGAUGACCCAAGCGCGGGAUGGCAGAACUUGGAAAUUUUUGAGGCAUCAAAAGAAUGGUUUAUAGACUUGAUGACGGCGGGCAUGUGGUUGAGUGACUCGCAUGUAGAUGUUUUCCUGCAUUUUGCUCGCAAGAAUUCAUAUCUUCAGUCCCAACAUUUGUCUCCAUCUUGCGCCAUCAUGGACACUGUGUUUUGGAGUUGGAUGAAUGGGCGAUGGGACGCUUUCCAGCAUAACCCUGACUCCUAUAACUGGGAUUCAGACAUGUUGGACUAUCCACUUGGAAAGUCGCCUAAACAUUCUCGACCGUGGAGUGAAGUGGAGUCUCUAUACCUCCCGGUGAACAUCAAGAAUCGGCAUUGGAUAGCUGUAUGUGUGGACUUAAUGCGGAGAAAGUUAACCAUAUACGAUUCGACGAGGUCUCAAUCUACGCCAGAAGAUGAGUUCAGUUUUGACAUAUUGAAGCCCAUGGCAACAAUGCUGCCGUCGUUGCUUGUCCAGUCGGGCUUCUAUGCACAAAGGCCUGAGUUGAACCCUCUCAGUACACCAUUUAAGGUGGUACAUCCAGAAGGCGACAUCCCACGACAGUCUGCCAGCAGCGGGGACUGCGGGGUGUUCAUGCUCAAGUUUCUUGAGCACUUGAGUUUGGGAAAACCACUGAAUUUCAGGCAAGCAGACAUGGAACUAUUUAGGAAGAGAAUGGCCUUGGAGUUGUUUGCCAUGAAUGCAUGACACUGGUCGGCCUAUACAUAUACUCAACGGUUGCAUAUAUGCCCUAUCUUUUUUAAACUGCCAUUUCACUUUUUGGAUGUCAAAUACUAAAUAUGCAAAAGAUUCGUAAUUUAGCAACAUAAUAUGUGUGUGUUUUUUUUCAAAGAAUUAAGCACUCGAUCAUUCUUGGCACCUCA